CACAGACAGAAAAGGAAUAAGGAGUAAUCUUAUCACAACGCCUGAGCUCCAGUGAAUCUCUUCUGAAGAGGAUACUAACAAGGAAUUUGACUGAAAGCAACGACAGCGACAGGGAGAGGAAAAAGGCAACACAACUCAGCAGGUUUUUAAGUGGUGUGCACUAUAUUUGGAGAUGGAUUUCCAGCCGAACAUUAUUCGAGAAUCCAGUACGAUGGAGACGCUGGAGAAGCAACUGAUCUGCCCAAUUUGUCUCGAAAUGUUUGAAAAGCCAGUUGUGAUCCUGCCGUGCCAACACAAUCUGUGCAGAAAAUGUGCCAAUGAUGUAUUCCAGGCUGCUAAUCCAUAUUGGCAGGGUCGAGGUACCAUGAUUUCUGGCGGUAGGUUCAGGUGCCCAACCUGUCGACAUGAAGUUAUCCUGGACCGUCAUGGGGUAUAUGGACUGCAGAGGAACCUGCUGGUGGAGAACAUCAUUGAUAUCUACAAGGAGGAGGGCAUCAGCAAACCCUUGAAGAAAGGUAACCAGCCCAUGUGUGAAGAGCACGAAGAUGAAAAGAUCAACAUUUACUGCAUCUCUUGCCAAGUUCCCACCUGCUCAAUGUGCAAGGUCUUUGGAGCUCACAAGGACUGUGAGGUGGCCCCUCUACAGAAUGUAUUUCAACAGCAAAAGACAGAACUGACUGAUCGAAUCGCCAUGCUUAUGGCUGGCAAUGACAGGGUCCAGGUUAUUGUCGACCAGUUGGAAGAGACCUGCAAAAGCAUUGAGGAGAACAGCAGACACCAGAAGCACAAGCUCAUGGAACAGUUUGACAAGUUAUACACUAUUCUGGAGCAAAGGAAAGAUGAUAUGCUUCAAUCGAUUACAAAAGAACAAGAGGACAGAGUAACAUUCAUCAAGGAACUGAUCAGGCAACACAAAGAACAUCGAGAGACAUCUUCUAAACUAAUAGAAAAUGCAAUUCAAUUCAUGGAGGAACCUGGAAUUGCUACCUUUCUCGUGAAUGCAAAGAAACUCCUGGAAAAGAUCAUUGAUGCCUCCAGAACCUCCCAUAUACCAGAAUAUGAAGAUGGAUUUGAGAAUAUGGACCAAUUUUCAGUGGAUCUGGAAAUGGCAGAGGAAACCCUGAAAAAUAUAAGAUUUGGAAUAGAUGAAGAAGAGGUAGAGGAAGAGGUGGAGACUGAGGAAGAGGACGUAGUGGAAGAUCAAGCUGAUGGGCUGGUCAGUCCAAUGGAGUGCUUCCCGUUGUGGCUUAGCCAGAUAUCAACUCAUACAGGCUCGACCAGUAUACACCAGCAGUGAUGUUGCUGUUGUGAUGGUGACGUGGAAUGUCUCUUGUGAAUUCUUGGGAUUAACAUGCCCUGCAGAAUCACAGACAGCUGAGGAAGAAGUCAAACUUGUUCAACAAUUUUUUUUUUGUUCAUAAAAAUGUUUUGAAAAAAUAUCAAAAAAUGUUUUUAUAUGGUGCAAAAUUAAUGGUUUUGUACAUUUUAUAUCUUAUUUUUGUAUACAAUACAAUGGAGUGAUAAUUCAUUGUAUUUUUUUAAAACAUUGAGAUUUAGCAUUUAGCAUAGCUUAAGUCCACCAUCUGCAAUAUGUGUGCUAUUCCAUUAGAUUUUUAGUUGAAGCCCUACAUUGUAGCAAUCUCCAGUUUGUAAUGGGUAAAGGGCUGGAACCGAAAGCUUCCCUAAGUCACUGGUUCAUGGACUUCUAGGAUUGUAAGUACACUUUUCAAAUGGUUUCAGUCAUCACAGAUCCCUUCAUCCUAUCUAAAUUCUAACAAUAUAAACUUUUCAUUUUAGAUUUCUGAAAAUAAACUUCAUUAUAUCCCCAUUAAAGGAUUAUGUGACUUUUCUCUAGUUCUCAUCUAGAGCCCAGUUGCAUCACUGAUUGAAUUUGAUUGUGCUUCUAGGUCCUCUGGGCAAGGUUGACACAGUAGCUCCUUCAUAUCCUCCCCUGAGUCUCAGAUCCAAGAAUCCAUUCCUGGUCUCUCUGGUAUCUCUUACCUGCCCUGUUAAUCCUAUUACAGUGGGUGAGCUCUCAGAUGUGUCCCUCCAGCGGAUCCAAGGAAACCAAAAUAAUAACCAAUAGUGUACGCCUGACUUACAUCACCACAGCAAUGGAUCCCACUUACCUUCUUUCCCACAGUCCCUGAAAAGUCUUUAUGAAAUUCCUGGGACCCCAGGUUGAGAACCACAGCCCUCAGUAUCACUAAAUGAAAAGUGAAUGCAUUGUAGAUGGCAAAUGUAGAACAAAGAAAUAAGGAAAUAUUCAAUUAUCAGAAGAUCAUUAUAUUAAAAAAAAUGAAUUAUCACUGGAGACUUGAAAUGAGAAAUAGGAAAUGGUGCAAGUAAGCAGCAAGUCAAUCAUUAUAUUUAAGAUGAGAUUUUUAGUUGAAGCAGAUUCCUGAGUUGUCAGUUUAAAAGCUCUGUUAUGAUGGUCAUUUCAUUUUCAUGCCUGUAUGUUGUUUGAAAUUAUUCGACGUAAAUAAACUUAUCUCUACAUGA